UUGUCAGCCGAGAAUUCUCUGUUUGCUGUGUCGAAAAUUGACAGCAGUGAGUUUUUAGUGAUUAAUAAUUGUUUAUACAAAUGUUUGAAAAUUUAUAAUAUAUUUUAUUCGUAACCUUACGUGUUACAAGCAUAAUGUACGGUAAUCUCGGUAGUGGAUACCAAGGAUAUCCUGGUGGGGCUGCCCCUGGGUACAGUCAAGGAGCUAUAAGCCCCGAUGUUCAACAGUGGUUUAAUACAGUAGAUAAAGAUCGUUCUGGUCAAAUAAAUUGGCAAGAAUUGCAAAGUGCUCUUGUCAAUGGCCAGGGAAAAAAUUUUACUGAUGUUGCUUGCAAACUUAUGAUUGGGAUGUUUGAUAGAGACAAAACAGGAACAAUUGAUAUUAACGAAUUCCAACAACUUUUUACCUACAUUAAUCAGUGGUUAGCUGUGUUUAAAAACUAUGAUAGAGACCAGUCAGGACAUAUUGAAGAGCCAGAACUUGCCCAAGCGCUACAACAAAUGGGAUUUAAAUUUUCUCCCGAAUUUAUAAAAUUUUUAAUUGCCAAAAGCGACCUACAAAAUCACAAACGAAUGUCAGUAGACCAGUUUAUUGUACUUUGUGUACAAAUACAACGGUUCACUGAGGCUUUCCGCUCAAGAGAUAGCGAAAUGAAGGGAAUUAUUACAAUUGGAUUUGAAGAUUUUCUCAGUGUUGCGAUAAACUGUUCCAUAUGAUUUCUUAUUAUUUUAAUUCGUUCAAUUCCAUUAUAUGUUAGAGUUAAUUUAAGAUAUAAUCUUUUUGUAGGAACAAUUAAAUUAAUAAAACUUGUUACUCU